AUGGGAGUCAAAGGAUUGACCAGCUAUGUGAAUCAGAACUCUGCGAAUUUCGCAGAUUUCCAACUGCACAACACAUGGGUUGUGAUAGACGCAAUGAACUUCAUUCACUAUGUGUAUAUAGACAAAGGUUUGGACACCCAGUUCAAUGGGGAGAACUUCGAUCUCCAGAUUGCCAUCAUCAAGGUGCUCCGCGUGUUUCAACGAUGUCUAGUCCGACCCGUAUUCCUUUUUGAUGGAUGUCAUGUGACGGCCAAGUUGUCCACCCAGUUGAAUCGAGCUCGGGAUCGACUUCAAACUAGCCGCACUGUUGCGCAUCUGGCUCUCAAACGACCGGACGCGAAUCACACAUCUCUGCGUGUGCCCAUAUUGCCACCCCUGGCCCCGUUGGUCUUGGCACAAACAUUGACUGCAUUGCACAUCCCGUUUGUAGUUUCUGAUCGCGAAUCUGAUGAGGAUGCGGUCGGAUUGGCCAUGCAUCUGCGCUGUCCUGUGAUUAGUAACGAUUCUGAUUUCUAUAUCACAAUUCCCUCGGACGUACCUGGUACUUGUCUACUUCCGCUGCGUUUUCUCAGUUGGACAGCAAAACCUUGCGCACAUCCCUGUGCCAUAUGUAAUCCGUCCGUGUCCACUGGACCCCGGUGCCACUAUAUCUCCUGUCGGAAAUUCCUCCUCAAUGGUCCGGCCUUCUAUCGACUUCCUCCGAUUCAACGACCACUGUUUGCCACCCUGAUAGGCAAUGAUUACAUUCCUUCGCAACGGUUCGUUUCCGUGUUACCAUGUACUGACGGGUUGAAAAAACCUCUGAACGGCAGUGCAACCAAAACUAUGCGCAGAAAUCGGCGUUGUAAACUGUAUCGCACUGUGAUUGAUUGGCUUGCUGGAUUCGGUGAUGACGUACGCGAGCCAGUGUCCCGAUUGUUGAAUCGUAUCCCAACUGCACAACGUGCACGAGCCGAAGCUCAAUUAGAACAGUCUCUCUUGAGCUAUCGAAUUGCAUCCGCGUAUGUUCAAACCGUCCUGUAUCCAUUCUUGUCAUUAAACUCACCGGAUAAAACAUCGACACAGUUAUUUUCAGAUGAAGCGGAUGAGAAUUUGCGAACAGAAACCGCAUCGUCACCGAGCAAAUGUUCAUCGGAAGAUGAAGAAGAGAGCACGGACCGUAGUGAUAGUGAAAAUUUCAUGUGCGAGGAGACUACCAAAUCCGAUUUGACAUUCCCUUUUCCGGACUCUUUGCAAACAGACCAAUCACAUGAACUCAUCACUGUCAGUUGGCCGGAAUCACUAGUUAGUCAGUAUCGACGUUAUCGUAUUCUACCGGUGUACAUAGACGCAUUGUAUUCUGGUGGAUCUGUGCUUAACUGUGGUAUCGAAGCAAUCCGAGAGUGUCCGUCCAUCCACACGUGUACUGAUUCGAUUCGGUCUCUUCUGUGCGGCCUCAUUCUGGGGUGUUCGGAGUUACAACACUCCGCUAUCGUGGAGUCCUCCGAGCAGAACGCGUGUGCACCAGCUCCAGUAAAUGACAUCGGAAGACCGAGGUUCAUGACGGAGUACGUGCGUAAGGGUGGCUUUCAAAUCCGUGCAUCUCGAACACCCAUAGAAGCUAUACGCCUUGAUUUAUAUAAUUCAACCUCUGAUUGUCGUAUCGCAUUCCUACAGCGUGUGUUCUCCAAGUGUUUUGACCCAACACAACCACAUACCACCUGGCUACACGCACUGGCUCUCUUCGUUUGUGUCUGGCUUAAAUACGGUGCAUUAGCGGACCGUACAAUUGAUCCCAAAACAUGCCCAUACCUCAUGUCGUUUCUCACGAUUGCGAUCGUCCGCCACGUAAUGGAGGCAAGUCGCAUUACCACCUUGUAUCGACCAAAUGACCUAAAACGUGAGAAACGUGAACUGGUCACACUGGCUCGACGCCUGCACUCUCUGUCUGCGUUGGACAAUAACUUCUCUGAGCCAUUCGAUUUGUACACUGUACAUGUGUUCGGUCAGUUGCAGCUGAUCUAUGCGACACUGUCCAGUUUGGGUUCUGUGCUUGAUGGAUUAGGUGGUACGUUUCGGGAUCCAAAAAAGUGUAUCCCACUGGAUGAUAUUUGUACAACACUGCCAAGUGGUCGUCUGUAUCAUGCUCUAGUUCGUUAUUUACAACAUUCAUCCACCACGGAAAACCUAUUUUCUCUAGUCCUACAGGACGUGCUGCCCCGUAUCCUAACUUCACACGAUGAAAAAGCCUUGUCCGAAGCGCGCGGUCACUUGGACAAUUGUUUGUCUCUGGUAUCCCAUUUUACGGAAAGUUUCACCGGACCAGACUGGUCUGGUAUUGAGAAGCCUGCUUCCAGAAAGUUGCACCCUGAACGAAACCGUCCAGCACCAAACACAAACAGUCUACGUGUUAAGACGGCGCGCAAGCGUCGGACAAAUGGGAAACGAAAACAGCCCCAGGGUAUAUCUAUGCUCGAGUUGAAUGCUGCGGUGGAACGCAUUAUGCUUGAAAAUGAUUUGACCGAUUGA